AUGGCUGGUUUUGUCAAUAACCUACCGUUUGAAAACCCUAAUUCAGAGUUCUUUAAUAAUCGAGUUCCACUUGUAAACUUGUCUCCCACGUCAUACAAGUCUAGCGGGAGUCCAGAGGAUGAUGAACGGAAGCGGAGAAGGAAGGUUUCGAACCGUGAGUCAGCUCGGAGAUCGCGUAUGCGGAAAAGGCGACACAUGGACGAGCUGUGGUCCAUGCUUGUGCACCUUAUCAACGAGAACAAAUGUCUGGUCGAUGAGCUAAGCCGAACAAGCGAGGGUUAUGAGAAGGUUGUAGAAGAGAACACGAAACUUCGACAAGAAAAUUCUGUAGGAACGCAAUUUCUACAAUGA